CUUUUCAGGCUUCUGAUUCCCUCUCAUGUCUCUCUGCAGGCUGAUUUCUCUCUUCCAUCAUCAUUGCUCCACUGCCUCCCCUCCCUCGCCUCCACCUCCACUCUCCCAGUGUCCCAGCCCUGUGCCUCGCCUCUCUGCUUCUAGUGUCUCGGAGGACGGCAGCCGGUCAUGACCACCAAGUCCUCAUUGGACGGGAGCGCCGACCACCUGAAAUGCAAGGAGGCUCAGGAGAUUCCCCCUCUGAGGAACUAUCUCUGCCUCACCAUGUUCACCUGUUUCUGUCCUGCAUGGCCCAUCAAUAUUGUGGCGCUGGUUUUCUCUGUGCUGGCUCAAAGGAGCUAUGAGGAAGAGGAUUAUGAUGGCUCCAAGCGGCUGGGGCGGAAAGCUCUCCACCUGGGGAUCGUGUCCUUUGCCAUCGGUCUUGUGAUCAUCGCUGCGUGCACUGUUGUGCACUUUACCACGGUAUGGAUGCAGCAGAUAUAAGGGGCGAAAAUGAACAGAAGGAUAGAGAUAUUUUAAGUAUCCUUUUCCUCUCCAGCAUGGGGUGUGACCUCUUGAGGAGGAAGAGGAAGUGGAAGUAUAGAGAAGAGGGGAUGGAGAGAUCAGCUCCACAGGAUGCAGAGCAGCUCUGCUUGACUUCUGUCAUCAACCACUCUGGAGGUUUUGCAAGAGCUGGCAGAGGCUCAGUGUACUGAUGAAUACAUCUUUGUUUCAGCCAUUGUGCAAAUGAUAUUGCAAUACAACUUUUUCCAAUUUUUGUAAUUGAAAAGUGAAAUGAAUGCAUAUGCCAUAUCUACAAGAACCUAACUGUACUCUUUUUGUUAGACUUCUGUAACGGCCUUUCCAUUUCCAUUUCAAUUAUGUCUUCACGGUGGAUAAUGGAUUGCUGAUUGUGAUCCGACACAUUGACAUAUUGGUCUGCUUUACAUGUAAAUGUUGUGGGAAAUUUUUUUUAAAUAAAGUUUUCCACAAAACAAAAUGAAUAUGACUGAAAGAUUAAUUUAAAAUAUAUAAAUAUUACUGACAUAUUUUUUUAGAUCAAAGAAAAGCUAGUUUCAUAUUUCUCAGGGCAUCAAUGCAAUGUAAUAACAUCCAAUACUGGUAGAACCAAUGGUGCCGCAACAAAAAGGUGACACACUGCCCAAGAGUAGUGGACCAAUAUGGCCCUGGUUGUCAGCCAUCUUUGACACCUGUUGCCAUGUAAUGAGUGUGAGGGAUCGUUUACUCUAAUGUGUAAUAUUAACACUGUAACAAGGCUAAAAAUGAGAGCAUAUAAUCGUAAUGCUGUGCAGGGAUCCAGCACACUAAUUUCAGAACAAAUUAAAUGGUAUAAAUCAACACGAUAUCAAGGUGGAGGGUUUUGUUUCUAAAUGAUCAGGGAAGCACCUGCACUAAAAAUGUCUGAUCCAUCUUUUUCUCUGUUGUUGUUGUUGUUGGGAUCAGCACUUGAACACUGAAUUGUGCCCUCCAUGUUCAGCAAAGUAUAAAUGUAUGGUAUAUAACACCUGUAGUGGCCAUUUGUCCAAUUAACUAAAAUAAAACUACAAAUCAAAUUGCCA